CCUUUUCUUCCUUCUCUUCUUCUCUUCAUUCACCACCUCCCAAUUCCUCUACGAUGUUCUCGUCUUUGUUUGUUGCUCUUGCUCUCACAGCGACUGGUGUCUUCGGCGCCCCCUCAUCCGCUGACACCGUCGCGGCCUUGAAAGCAGCUCCUGCUCAGGUCGACCGCAUCAAGAUCCUCGACCAGGACUCCGACUUUGUCUUUAAUUUCUUCAACGCUACUCCUGUGAAGGGUGCCGGUGGUAUGCUCCUGUCUGCCACCGUCUCUGAUUUCCCUGUCCUCGUCAACAAUGGUCUUGCCAUGACUAUUGGUCUAAUCGGCCCUUGUGGUAUGAACACUCCUCAUUCGCACCCCCGUGGCAUGGAGAUGCUCUACCUAGUGAAUGGCACCAUCACCACCGGUAUGAUCGCCGAAAACGGGGCUCGCUUCGUCUUCAACACCCUCCAAGCGGGUGAGGCGCAAGUCUUCCUGCAAGGUUCCAUCCACUACCAGCAGAACGAGCUCUGCGAUCCGAUCUUGUUCGUUGCUGCUCUCAACAACGAGGACCCCGGUGUCGAGUCCACUGCCCAGCGCUACUUCGGUCUUCCUCCCGACGUCGUCGCCGCUUCUCUCGGUGACCUUGGUGUCGAGUACGUCGCUGGUAUUGAGGAGAUGAUCCCAGACAAUAUUGCUCUCGGUCGCCAGGAAUGCCUUGACCGCUGCGGCAUCAAGCGCCAGGGUCAGCCCACCACCCAACGCCAGCCCCGCAAUGCGAACAACGCGCUCCCCAGCUCCGUGGCCACCACCUGGCCCUCGACCAUGACGAAGCAGUAUCAGCCCUCGUCGACGCCGACGCAGUCCACCAAGACGGGUAACGUUCUCGGGGCACUUGCUGAGAGCGAUUCCACCGUCACGGCUAACGGUGGCACCUCCAACAGCGUACUGAUCGCGCUCGCCGCGGUCGUCGGUGCUAUGGCUAUCGGUUACAUCGCGAUUGGUGUCUUCUGGCUCGUCAGGCGCCGUCGCUCCGCCGCCAAGGAGGCGAACCGGUUCUACGUCCGCCCUGAGAUGAGCGGCCGCUCGCUUGUCCCCACAGAGGAGAAGUACGACACUCAGUAAGCGCCAUACAUAGACACGUCGAGACUUGGAUACCGGGCAGUUAGAGUCUCCUCUUACAUUAUAUUCUCACUACACAAUCUCACCAACGGACUUCUCAUGAAGCAGAAGCCUAUCUUUUUCUCUCUUAUGACCUUCUGUAGCGGGAACAAUGUUCGGUUCGGACUGAUGCUAUUACGCCACAUAACGCCGAUUUGGCAACC